AUGCAGCUUCAAAUGUCAGAUAGAAACAGAGACAAACCCUUUUAUCUAGGAGCAAAGAAGGCAUCCAUCUCACACCAACUUCUAUUGAUUAAGCCGCCAGACAUUGUCGGAAGAUUGCCCAGAUCAUUAGAAGAUCUGAAACACUGGAAAGCCACAGAACUGAAGAACUGGCUAUUUCACUAUUCGCAGGCAGGUUUGAGAAACAAAUUAAAUGCACUGUAUGCUUUUCACUGGUCUUCGCUUGUAGGCGCAAUAGGAAUUUUGUGUUCCGACUCAAUAUCCCACGAAGAUCUGAGACAUGCUGAUAGUAUGCUUCAGGAUUUUGUUCUUUUAAUGGGAAUAUUAUAUGGGCCGAUGCAAUGUACAAUGAAUAUCCACCUUUUGCAACACCUUGCUUAUUGCGUGUGACGAAGUGGACCGCUGUGGGCUUAUAGCUGCUUUGCUUUUGAAAGUAUGAACCCCUUCAUUAAACCUCUUGUAAAUGGAACUCAUCAUGCUAUGGAGCAAAUCGGAUGUGCGACUGGGCUAUGUUUUGGCUUGGCUAAUUACACCAAAACUGUGCUUCAAAAACGUGAUAUUUCUAGAAACAGCAAGCGUUUGUUGCAAAGUCUGUCUGGCUAUGCAAGAAGUAGUAGAACUUUUGCCAGAGUAAAUGGGGGCUUCUUAUGCGGCAAAGAUGCAAGACGUCUAGUGGAUAACAACAUACGGACUUUGGUGAGACUUUAUGUCACGACAAAUAACUUGCCAGUAGACUAUGAAAUUGAACCUUAUCGUAGAUUUGAAAGCAAUGACGGUCAGAAAUUUUAUUCCCUGAGUGCAAAAACUCAUAAGAUGAAUUCAACUGUAGUUGAAUAUACCGAUAAAAACGGCACUGUUUAUUAUGGAAGGGCAAAACUCUUUUUAAAGCUAAAUGAAAGAGGAAUUUGUAUAUGCAAUGCAUUAGAGAAAAGCUCUGAACAAUUAUCCUUUUUAUGCGUGUGA